AUGCUCAAGUAUCUAACGCACAAGCUUCGCACACAAUCAAUCAACGAUGAAAAUCAUGUCAAUGAGAAGAUUGACGGUCACGACUCGGGCACCGAGUCCGACGGCGACCUGGAGCAGGAAGACGACCUGAUACAGGAGCACGAGAUGGAGCUAAGUUUAAGCUCCCGGCAGGACACCGUGUCACCGACCGAUACGGCAUGCUCCUCCGAGUCACCCGCCUUCAUGGGUCCCUCCUCGUCGCAUCUCCUGCUGUACGACCAGAACAGCUCCGAAGAGGAGCUGGAAGUGAUCAACGGCAGUGCGGGCGAUGUGGGGAGCUGUGCCAUCGAAAUCGGGAGUGUCAGUGGAGUGCCCAGCCGGGUGACAGGAGGCAUCGGUGUUGCCAUCAUCCACCCACACGUGGACGAGGAUGAUGAGGAUGAAGAAGAUGACGAAGAUGCCACCGAGGACAUCGUGGAGGAUGACGUCGAUGAGGAAGACGACACGGACUACGUGCCUCCAUCAGUGACGGUGACGACGGCAUCAUCGACGGCAGCGACAAUCAUCAGUGGUCCGAUGGACACCAGCACUAGCGCCAACGGAAGUGCCAUCGUGCGGGGACAUUUUAUGACGAUCGGUGGAUGUGGUGAUGGUAGUGGUGAACCUCUGGAUGAUUUUGUGGACGAAUUGUCGAGUUUGACGGCGAUUCCACGUGUUCCGUUGACACCACCGGUCACCAAAGUGAUCUCGACCGGUGGCAAGAGGCUAGGAAGUGUUAGUAGUUUGCUGGAGAAACGCAAACGAUCGCUAGUACACAACUCGGAUGAUGAGGUUCGCUAUCUUCUCGAGCAACAGCAGCAACAACAGCAGGGCUCGCAACAACAGCAGCAACAGCACCAGCAGCAGACCCAUCAUCAAUUCUCACAUCAGCAUCAUCACCAUCCCUCGUUGCGUCAACAAAACCAACAGCAACAGGCGCACCAGCAAGAGGAGCUGCAGCUGGAGGACGCCCUGCUGUCAGCUCCGGUCAAUUUUCGCACGUCGCCGCCUCUAGAAGCUUUAAAACCACACCGUGGCCAUAUCAUGCAGCGCUCAACAACGCCACUCGUGCUCAGCGAGGCAACCGGCCCGCUGCUGUCCUGCGGGUCGUCCUUGCUCUCAUCGGCAGCGUCAUCGCUUUCGUCGCUUAGCGGAACGGGAGGUAUUGGUAGCGGGGGUAGCGGAUUUUACGGUCCCGGCAGCAGCAGUAGCGGUGGUGGUGGUGCUGUUGGCCUUCGAUUCGGUCUCGGCCGACGCCCCAUUGGCUGUGAUAGUCCUUUGACUGCUGUGUGCCACCGCAACAGCACCAAUCCACCCCUCGGUGGUGGCAACAGCAGCAUUGGAUCCGGUCUUAGUACAACAACUCGAACAUCAUCAUCAUCGACGCCAUCUUCUCUGUCAUCUGCGCCGGCAUCGCUGGCGAGGCUCGUUGCCGGUCCCGGUAGUCCCGGGAAGGAAGCCUCCGGUGAGGCGUUGUUAGAUGCGCAAUCACAUCACCACGGCGCGUCUCUAGUAACUAAUAUGGACAUCAGCCGGUCCGUUAGCCCGCCGGCGAAGAUGUUUCACUGUGCCGUUUCACCGCGACGUCGUCAGUCCCGCCAUCAGCAGCAACGGCUGCAACGCCCUCACAGGCCAUGUUUAGAUUUCGAUAAAAUGCAACAGCUCAAAGCACGUUCCGUGACCACGUGGCGGCACAGCAACGAACACUCGGGCGAACUGUCCGUAUUCUGCUGGUGA